GAGCCAUCUAUCCGCUUUAGAAAAAAUUUACUCAACUGGAGAAAGUUUAGUCUCCUUUCAUCCGGUAAAUUUCGAAAUCCAAGACGCGUCACUUUGGUACCUGGUGGAUGAUGACACUUGUCAAGAAAUUAAACACCACCACGUAUAUAAAAGCUCCACUUCUCGUCAAUCUUUUUCUGCAGUUGUCAUAUCAUAUCAACUUGGUUGAUUUUUUUUUGAAACCAUGUACCCAAUAAUUUGGCGGACUCUUCUGUCUUUCCUCCUUCCCCUUUCUGUCCUUUCAUAUGGCAGAAACUCAGAGAACCCCCCAGGCAGUAAAGCCAUCCUUCUCUCUAAAGUUCAAACGUUGACUCUGCGCGCGAAUCGCUUCACAACUGCUCGCCGCGUUGACCCCAUACCUCAGCUAAAAUGCACUGGCCCUUCAAAAAGAAUAUGCGACAUGUACCCCAUCGAUACGAUACGAUGCACUAACGCAGGCUACGACUAUGACGAAGAAGACGUCCAGUGGACCUGUACCGCAUCGCUACCCCAAGAGUUUAAGCUUGGCUCCACAGACGUGGUCUGUGAGGGAUACCGAAAUGCGGAUGAUAGGUGGAUACUUAAAGGCAGCUGUGGUGUAGAAUACCGACUUCUGCUGACAGAGCUUGGAGAACGGAAAUUUGGCCGUGUGCGCGAAGAACCCUGGUCCAGAACGAACGGUAGUAAACAACGUGACAGCUUUACGUUCAUAGGAGAUAUCCUCUUCUUUGUUCUCAUGAUUGUGGUCUUGGUGGUGAUGCUGGGAGCCAUGUUUCGACAAUGUUUUAGUUUAGGGGGCAACAGAGGAGGCCGUACUGCUGGUCGUAGAUUUGGCUGGGGAGGUGGUGGAGGAGGUGGUGAUAAUGGUGGAGGAGGUCCUUAUCCUGGGCCUCCUCCCCCAUAUAGCAGCUGUCCAGGUAGUAGUUCUUUUGCCUCGGCGCCCACCGGGCAGGGUUGGAGGCCGGGCUUCUGGACGGGUGCACUGGGCGGCGCUGCGGCUGGUUAUGAGUAUGGCCGGAGAAGCAGUCGUCGCGAAUCUCCUUUUGCUGGCCUACGAACGGCUUCCUAUAAUAGAUGGAAUGAUGCAUAUGAUGACCUUGGAGAAGGCAGCUCGCGGUCUCGGUCCCCUCAGUUCUCUGCUCUGACUACAAGCACAGGGUUUGGUUCAACAAGACGUCGGUGAUACGUCAGGAUAUCAGUCAGAAGAAUUUAACUAUCUCGGCAAAUAAGCUAUAUACUCCAGCGAUUUGCCGGAAACCAUGCUAGACAAAAAGGAAUCCAGCUCAUGAGCCAUGAUACUAAACGUUAAGACCCGCGAGAGAACGGAGAAUACUGCAACUAGGGUACAGGU